AUCAGAUUCCGUUCUCCAUAUGCUGCAAGACCGGAAGUUUGCAGCACUAGAGCAGCGGGACUUUCUAACUAAUAACAAGGGCAAAGUGGUGUGUGUUGACAACCUGCCUUGUGUGAACAACAUCGGACUAGACUCUCAGAACAAAAAGCAAAAAAUGGCUGAUCAACUGUCUGAAGAACAAAUCGCUGAAUUCAAGGAAGCUUUCUCCCUCUUUGACAAGGAUGGCGACGGCACCAUCACCACCAAGGAACUGGGAACAGUCAUGAGGUCCCUGGGACAGAACCCAACCGAAGCUGAGCUCCAAGACAUGAUCAAUGAAGUUGAUGCUGAUGGCAAUGGCACAAUUGAUUUCCCCGAGUUUCUCACCAUGAUGGCUCGCAAGAUGAAAGAGACAGACAGCGAGGAAGAGAUCCGUGAAGCAUUCCGUGUGUUUGACAAGGAUGGCAAUGGUUUCAUCUCUGCUGCUGAGCUCCGUCAUGUCAUGACCAACCUCGGAGAGAAACUGACCGACGAAGAGGUUGAUGAAAUGAUUCGUGAAGCUGACAUUGAUGGAGAUGGUCAAGUCAACUACGAAGAGUUUGUAGCCAUGAUGACUAGCAAGUAGAACUCUAGAUCUUUUUAAUAUAACCCCUAUUUGUAUGUCUUUCAUGUCGCUUGUUACUUUCAUGCAUUCCUAGUGUAGCAAUUUAAUGAUUUGCCAAUGCAAAAAAAUAGUUAACAUGAUCAAA